ACAUAUAUUGGAGAUGUUCUGAUAGCUGUUAACCCAUUCCAGUCACUACCAUGCUAUGCAAAAGAUAUAACUAUGCUGUAUCACACUGCCAUCUCAGAGACAAAACUACCACCUCAUAUAUAUGGCAUUGCUGAGAAAUCAUACAAACGUCUUAGAUUCAAUAAGAAGUCACAAUGUCAUGUUAUAUCAGGAGAGAGUGGGGCGGGCAAGUCAGAGUCAUGUAAAUAUAUCAUACAACAUUUGUUACGUGUUGCUGGCAGUGAAGAAACCAACCUAAACUCUAAAAUCAAUCAGGUAAAUCCGCUGUUGGAAGCAUUUGGUAAUGCUGUCACUAUAAUGAACAACAACUCGAGUAGGUUCGGGAAAUAUGUCGAACUAGACUUCUCAAAGGAGGGAAAAGUCUGUGGAGCAAAGAUUUCUGAGUAUUUAUUGGAGAAAUCAAGGAUAGUACAUCAAGGUAAAGGAGAACAAAAUUUCCACAUAUUUUACUGGAUGAUGGCAGGACUAUCUCAUGAAGAAACAAGUCUUUAUAAACUUGAUCAAAUGAAGACAUUCAGAUAUUUAAGAUCAAGUAUUCCAGCUGAUAUAUCAACAUCAGAAAAUAAAGCAAAGUUCUGGGAAGUUAAAGAAUGUUUAAAAUAUAUUGGCUUCACUUCUACAGAUAUACAGAAUUUACUGCUGACAUUGUCUAUUGUAUUACAUCUUGGGGAGAUAGAGUUUCAUGGUGUUGGUAAUAAUGAGGCAGCUCAGGUCACUAACACGGGCAUGUUGACUAUUGUAUCGGAGAUGUUAGAUGUAUCAGUAGAAGAAUUAAGAUCUGCUCUAGUGGCUGACUACACUGUUACAAGAGGAGAGCAGAUAAAGAAGGAGAGAACGGUCCAGCAAGCUGUAGAUUGUCGUGACACCCUUGCUAAAUCUUUAUAUGCACGUUUGUUUAGCUGGAUUGUGAAUGGAAUAAAUACACUAAUACAACCUGUUUAUGAACAUGGUGAAGAGAAUCAGCUUGGUAUUUUGGACAUCUUUGGAUUUGAAAAUUUUCCUCAGAAUAGUUUUGAGCAGAUUUGUAUCAAUGUAGCCAAUGAGCAGAUUCAACAGUACACUAAUGAUAACAUAUUCCAAAGUGAACAAGAAGACUGUUUGUUAGAAGGUGUUCCAUUGGUUGAAUUGGAUUACAAUAAUAACCAGGCAAUACUUAAUGUAUUCUUUGAGAGACAUACAGGUUUGUUGGCAAUACUUGAUGAAGAAAGCAACUUUCCUAAAGCUACAGACAAAUCACUGGCAACUAAACUUCACCAAAAUACAGGAAAGAAACACUCGGCAUGUUAUAAGACACCACGAGAUGGGGGACUGUGUUUUACAGUUGUACAUUAUGCUGGUAGUGUUCAAUAUGAUGUGACAGGAAUGUUAGAGAAAAACAGAGAUACAUUACCCAACAGUAUUCUAUAUACAAUGAAAACUAGCAACCAUCUCUUGAUUAAAGAAUUAUUCCAGUCUCGGAUAUCUAGAACUGGUUCCCUAGCACCAAGUGCUAGGCAACGAAGGAAUAGUAGACGUACAGUGAAGAAAUCAUCAUCUCCAUUUGAAUUCUUUAAGAAAUUCAAGACAAACAAUAAGGAGCAGAAAAAACAAACUAAGAAUGUCAGUGUGGAGAAGAAAGGUCCUUCCACAAUGGCCUUUCAUUUUAGAAAUUCUCUGAAUGAAUUAAUCAGUAAACUACAAGCAUCAAGUCCACAUUUUGUACGAUGUAUUAAACCUAAUACAACGAAGUCAGCGUUCACAUUUGUCCCGGAAUAUGUUCUAGCACAGUUACGUUACACAGGCAUCACUGAGAUUGUGAAGAUCAGGAAAUUUGGAUAUGAACUUCGACUGCCAUUUCAUGAGUUUUUAACCAGGUAUCAUGUAUUGGUGAAGUGCUGUCUGCCAGCAUUCUGUCCUAUGUCAGAUAUUCAGAAAUGUGAAGAGGUAGUGAAAACAUAUAAACUAGAACAUGUACAGUUUGGAAAAACGAAAUUGUUUCUCAAGAGUGCGCAUGUAGAGAAACUUGAUAAUUUGACCUUUGACCUUGAGAGAAAGGUCAUCACAGCACAAGCAGUUGUUCGUGGAUUUUUAGGACGACAGAAGUCACGGAAGUUGUCAGCAGCCAGGGAAGAGGAACGAAAGCGAAGUGCCUUGUUCACAAAAAAUAACCAAGUAGAGCAGACAGUGAAGUCACUAGAUAACCUUGAUGAGAUCAUUGAUUUGUAUGAUGAUGCAACAUCUGUCAGACGUAAUGACACACGUGAUGAUGUUACAUGUAACAAGGAUGAUGAGGAGGGAUUAUACGAUGAUGCAUUCAGCGUUCAACCACAAGGAGACUUUCUUGGUGAAGAAGACAAUAUGAAUGGACAUUUACAAAGAGGAUUACCGCCUACCCCACAUGGCACUCAUUAUGACCAGUCACGGCCACCACCCACACCUAAAGAAAUGUAUUCACAGGGAAUGUAUGCUACCAUAGAGGAACAGAAUUUACAUCAUGACUACAGGAAACAGGCUCCUCCUCCUCCAAAACGUGAUCCUGGUACCCGACUCAGUACUGCCUCUGUUGGCACUUAUGCAGAAAUUCAUGUGACAGAAGCUCAUCAGCAACAUUGGCACGGGAACCAAUCACCUAUACAUUCAGCUCAUGGUUCCCCAGCUCAUCAUGGAUACUACAAUCAACAGCCAAGUUAUGUGAACCAGUCACCUGUUCAUAUGCCUCAUGGUUCCCCUUCACAACAGACUGGAUAUUUCCAGCAACAACAUAACAGUGGGAACCAGUCACCUAGACACACAACUCAUGGUUCCCCUGUGCUAAUGUCAAAAGCUGGACAUGAACCACAGAGUCCAAGUAUGGCUGGAAACCGGCCAUUUUCUUAUGGUGCUGCAGUUCUGUCACCAAAGUUACAUCAUGUUACAGACAGUAGUGUGAAUCAAAAUAUUCCAAGUACACAAAAUGGACACAACCAACAAAAUGUGCCAAAUCUUACAAACUAUCAGUAUAGUGAUCAAACAGGAAGUAGUCAGGUGAUGCAUUAUGGGAAGAAUGAGUCAGCAUUUCAUCCACAGUCUCCCAGACCCGCACAGUAUGGGCCUCCACCCCCAAGUGGACCUCCACCACCUGUACCACCUGGUCACCCAGGUCAUAGGGUAACAGCCCCACAGCCACAGUAUCCACAAAGCCCAAAAUUUCAAAGACAUUCUUCUAUCCAAAGUAGUGUUCAUGAAUCAAAUUUGCCUGGUUCACCACGCUUUGCACAAAAAUUGUCACAGCGAAGUAAAUCAGUUCCUUGUAAUCCAGAUGAUGAACUAAUGCCCGCACCCCCACCACCUCUAGCAGUUAGAGAAAAUUAUAUGUCUGCAAGCCAACAUGUGGUAAGAACACCUUCUCCACCUUUGCCUCCCCCACCACCAGAGUUGCUGACAGAUCUUCCACCACCCUCCCCUCCUCCACAACAACAGAUGAUCAGAAAUGUGCCUCAAACAAAUCUCAUUCAAAGUCUUCCAAAUACUGUAUCAUCUAUAUCUCCACAACAUCAAGCUGUGGCACCUGCUGCCGCACCACCUCCGCCACCAUUGUCAUCAAUUCCAAGAAAGAAAGGUGAUUUUCGUCAAGGCUCACAAGAUGGACCAAGAACUGACAAUUUAGGAUAUCUAACUGCAGACCCAAUCAGAGGGCACAAUAUACAAUCAGUGGCGCCACCUAGAGUUCCAAAAGAGUCUUCUCCUGAUCAUGCUGUUCUUAUACAACAAAUCAACAAAGUACAGUUAAAGAGAACAGAGUCCCAGGAGUCAGAAGGGGAGAGAACCACUGCUGCACCUAGAACAGGAAUGAUAGAGUUAUCUGGUGUGAAGUUGAGGCAGACGUCAGCUAGACUUAAAUUAUUGGAAAGAGAUGGAAUAAAAACAACCAAUGAGGAGCCAGUUAUAGAGCCUUCACCCUCUCCACCGGAGGAAACCCUACCCCCUCCAAUACCCCAGCCACAGGCAGAACCCCCUCAACAAACACAAGUCACCCCGGCAGUUUCUAUGUUUGAAAAGAAAGUCGAAAUGAUUGUCAAGGGAGAUCAGCAAGUUAGAAGAAAAGGUGAUACUUCAAAAGAUUCCAGUAUGGAUAUUAACAUAGAUAAUAUAGAUCUCAUGGAUGUACCAGGGUAUACACCAAUAACUAAAAGUACUCCAGUAUGGAAGAGGGACAUGAUAGAAAAGAAAAAUCAGGAAAAAAUACAAGAAUAUAUUGAAGAUAAGAGGAGAGAGAAAGAAGAGGCUGAGAAAUGGAAGAAUGUUCCUGCCUGGAAGAGAAAGUUAAUGAUGGAGAAAGCCAAGGAACAAUCACAAAAAUCUAAAGAGGAACAAGAAAAGGCUGCCAGAGAGGAAGUUGAGAAAAAACGAAGGGCAAAACAAGACGAAGAAGCUCGUAAAGCAAAGAUUCGAGAACAACUAGAAAUGGAGAAAAAAAUGGAGGAGGAGCUACAAGAUGUUCCAGCAUGGAAGCGUGAAAUUAUGAUGAAAAGGGGCGGAGCUAUCAAAAACUGGGCAGAUGAGAGAGAGGAUCUGAAUGAACAGGAACUUGAGGAACAAAGACUAGCAGAACUGGGGGAUUCUGACAGCGACAGAGUAUUUACACAAAAAGCAACUUUGGUAUUAAGAGAACGCCUGAAUGCUUCACCACCCCCUCCUCCUGCUCAAACCCAACCUAAACAAACAUCAGAAAAAAAAUCUCCAACCGUGCCGCACGACUCCCGAGAUGUGCACACCCCUCCACCUUCACAACCUAUAUCCAAAAAGGUUACACCACAAAAGACUAUCGUGUUGCAAAAUCAAACUAAAGAACCGGAAGUAAAGAAGGCACCAGCUCCGAGACGAAGCCUUGAUGAGACAAAGCUAGAAGAGGAAUGGGAUAGCCUACCAUUAUGGAAGAGAGAGAUCAUGAUGAAAAGAGGCGGGGCUCCUACAAACUGGGGAGAUGAAAGGGAAGAAGUGAACGAGGUCGACGAAGAAAGUGUUGAACCAUGAUCAUCUGAUUUGUUCUAUAUAGCUAAAUUAUUAUAUUUUGUUAAGCAAUUUGUUUCUUGUUGUGAUGCGCAAACAUGUUUAAAGUAAACAAAAACGUGUAAUACAAAUAUAAAACAUGUUUAAAGUAAGCAAAAAAACGUGUAAUACAAAUAUACAAUACAAUACAAUACAAUUUAUUUGCUUUAAACAUUAUAACAACGUUUCUAGCAUAAUAAUAGACAGGUAACAUAGUUAAUAGCAACAAUAUGCAAAAAAAAUGUUAUGAAAUCUGUGUUAGCGGAGGGAUAUUUGUUAUAUGACAAAAAUAUAAAUCUUGAUUUGAUAUUUUUUGUGAUGAAAUACAUAAAGAUUACUACAUAUUAAUAUAAAAACUUGUUUUUAAAGUAAACAAAAACGUGUAAUACAAAUAUAAAACAUGUUUAAAGUAAACAAAAACGUGUAAUACAAAUAUAAAAAGAUGUUCGAAAUUAACAAAAUCGUGUUACACAGUUAACAGUUGCUAUAAUAAAAGGACAUUUAAUAGUUUUGUUAAUGAUAAAAGGGCACGUAACAUCUUUGUUAAGGUUAUGACAACAAUCUCCAGUGUGACAGUUAUUAUAUUGAUGACGUCAUCUAACUUAAGAGAACAUGUUUAUUAAGCUUAUUCAAUAUGUUGGGGUGCUAUCAUUAUGAUUAAGAAAGAAUCGGUUUGAUUUUGCUUCCGGGGUUAACCAUGCGAAGUAGUAAAGAUUUCAUACAAGAGGUUUUAGAGGAGCACAAUGCUAUAUUAGAGUUGUAAGAUUUACUGAAUUGCUGACUGUGUUCCUCACCUUUGCUCGUAGAAAUUUCAUUAUCAUUUUAUUUAAUUUCAAGAUAUUUCAGCUGUUAAGCCUUGGUGAAUUGAUGUGUGUAUUAGUAACAAACUGAACGAAAUACAAAACUAGUAACUAUAUCUUACUAUUAUACAAAAUACAUCUCACCAUUUAAUAAACGUGUUCACGCAUUUAGGAAUUGUUCUUUGAACUUAAGUUAAGAAAUUUUAUCUGAAUCUAUCGAUGUGUGUAAAUUAUUUUAUAUAUGUUUGUUGUAUUAUAAAGUGCACGCUUCAUUUAUCCAGUGAAACAAUGGAUGAGGAUUUUGUUGUUUGUAUGAAUGUUGUAAUAUGAAAUACAGACGUUUUGUGUGUGGUGUAUAAAAAUAAAUAGGUUGUAUGUCGUGAUAAAACUUGCAUAAAAUCUGUUAAUUUAUGCUAGAUACAUAACAUAAAUAAUGUUGAUAAACUUGAAAGCAACUUUCUGCAUAUAUUGUUUGAUCAUUAAAAUUAUUACAAUGAAACAGAUAAGAAGAUAAUUUAAUUUUCAUAUCAAUCUUACGGACUACAAUAGCGAUUGGUAGUUUAUUUCUAUAUUUAUUUUCUCUAGUGUAAAUUAUACCUUUUCUGAGAAUACAGAUUUUUUUUCUAAAUUGAUUCAACUAUGUUAAUCGUUUAAAUUGUACAAUAUAGUAUUUCGUUUUGUUUUUUUCGUGGUCAGGACCUUAUUAGGAAGAUGUUUAUUCUACAUUUCUUUCUGACACAGAAAUUCGGGAUUAUAUUUACACACAAAUCAAUUUACCAUGUCUUGUAAUAACAAUACCUGCUACUUCCGGCAGCUUGUACAUUUCUUGCUGAAACCGGAAGUAAACGCUUUUACACUGUGUUAAAUGUUUCUAUGUCUAUAAAUGUGGAUACUAAAUAUGUUAUGUUUGAAAGGAAAUGAGUUUUUGUAUAAGACAUAAUCUUAAAUUAUAUGUACAUAUUUUCUAAUUAAAAGUAUGUUUGGUAAAUUUAAUACAUAUAAUAUUUAUAUAUAAUUAUAUUUACUGAGCUAAACUAACGAAUAACAUUGAUGUUUUGAUCAUAAAAGAUUUAAAUAAAUUUUGUAAAGAUAUUUACGGCUUUUGAAUUUUCAGACAUUUCUUUAUGUAAAUGUUAAUAUAUACCUUAUAUGAUCAUAUUGGAGCUUAAAUGAUUUGGCUGCUAAGAAACAAGCUAAGCUAAUACAUGGACACAAGCUUAUGUUUUAGAUAUCAUGCAUUUAACAUUUCCAUAAACAUUUGUUUGAAAACAGAGUUUCAAUGCAUAGUGAUGUAUUUUUCUUAUCCAAUGUAUUCGUUAUCAAGAUCAAAAUAAAAAUGAUACGAAAUGUA